GGAAAUAUGAGAUCUUCUAGUUUUUUUGUCAUUUGGAAAUAUUAGCUGUAGUUUCCUUUUCUGUUUUUAUCAGUUCCUUAAGUCAUGGGAUUGUAUAUUUCUUUCCUUAGUUUAUUUCCAAAGAUAGAAUUGUAAAGUUGAUAUAAGUUGUAAUCUUGAUAAUGAAUUAUUCAAGCUGAAAAAGUAUAUUCAAUUCUUUUUCUGGUUUCAUGGUAUCAGAGCCGGCCUUUCCAACGGCGUAAAUAUCAUUGGCAACCAGCGCUAACCAAAUGGCAAACUCUACAACAUAUUCAACAGAAUCAACUGGAAACCCGAUUGUUUCCAACCCUCAGUAUAUCGCUCCUUCUGAUAAUGCUUCAUUCCAAAUCACUUCACACAAGCUGAAUGGGAGUAAUUUCAGAGAGUGGUAUCAAUCAAUCUUACUCGUGAUGAAAGGCAGAGGAAAAAUGGGAUAUUUGACAGGAGUAAAUACAGCGCCACCAUUAGAGUCAGCCAAAUAUAGUACAUGGGAAGCUGAAAAUUCCAUUGUAAUGGCAUGGUUGAUUAACUCAAUGGAUCAAAGAAUUGGACGCUUGUACCUGUUCUACCAAACGGCAAAAGAAAUAUGGGAUGCGGUGAAAGAGAUGUAUUCGGAUCUUGAGGAUAUAUCACAAAGUUUUGAAAUUCGUUCCAAGAUCCGAAAUACGCGACAAAGUACAUCAUCUGUCACAGAGUACUUUAAUACUUUGUCGGAAUUAUGGCAAGAAAUUGAUUUGUUUCAUAAUAUCAAUUGGAAAUGCCCCGAUGAUGGAGUAUUAUAUAGCAAAAUGCUAGAAAAGGACCGAAUAUUUGAUUUUUUGCAGGGUCUAAAUCAAGAUCUCGAUGAUGUUAGAGGACGCAUACUCGGCAUGAAGCCUCUACCCACAUCGAAAGAGGCCUUUGCUGAAGUUCGACGUGAAGAGACAAGGAGAAAAGUGAUGUCCCUGCCAUCACAAAGUGCAGCAAUAGAGACAGCAGCCCAGGGAUCUGCUUUAGCUACAAAUCGCUACAGUGAAGAAAAAGAUGCGAAAGGAGCCUUUGGAAAAGAUGUUUGGCGGUGUGAGCAUUGUAAAAAACCUUAUCAUACUAAGGAUACAUGCUGGGAUCUCCAUGGAACACCUCUUGAUUGGAAGCCUCGAACUCAAAGAAGAAAAAAGGUUUAUGUGACUGAAAUAACUACGAGUUCUACUCCUCAACUAUUCACAGAUGAACAAAUGGAAGUGCUUCGAAAAAUGGUGAAUUCCUCCUCAGAGCUAUCCAAAUCUGCCCCAUCAAAUUCUAGAGGUUCUACAGCCUUAACAACUCACAAAGGAUCUGUCAUCGGGGAGGACGAUUGGGAAUGCUGAGGAGCGAAAUGGUCUCUAUUACUUAUCUGAUGUAAUCCCUUCUGUGAGUUUUAAGUCAUAUGCUAGUCUUUCUGUGUCUUCUGAUUCAAACAUUCAGUUAUUGCACAAAAGGCUAGGUCAUCCAAGCUUCUCUUAUUUAAAACAUUUGUAUCCUCAAUUAUUCAUUAAUAAAGAUCCUUUGUCAUUUCA